UGGACACUUUCUCACCACUACUUGCCUUCCACCACUCCAUGACCUUGGGCACCUUAUAGUCGAUCGGUGUACACGCAGCCAAGGAAUACUGUCCCUCCGAGCACAGUAGCGACAUGGCAGCAGCAGGAGGAGUAGCAGACGAGCACACCGCGGCAGGCUCGGCUCCAUCGGUUCAGGCAACAACACCGAUCGGCAUCCUGGCUGACGUGAAACAAACAACUUCGACCGAGCGGUUAGACGCCGGCACCUGCCCACAGGAGAAGGAGAAGGACGUAGUGGAUGCGGGCGGUGAGGCCGCAGCGCCCACCACCUCCGACGAGAACGACAUCGGCCCGCCUCCGGAUGGCGGCUUCCAGGCAUGGUCCGUCGUGGCCAGCAGCGUGCUCCUCCUCUUCGCCGUCUUCGGCUUCAUGAACGCCAACGGACAGCUCCAGGCCUACUGGCUCCAGAACCAGCUCAAGGCCUACUCAAAAUCGGACGUAGCAUGGCAGGGUUCGAUCCAAACGCUCGUCGAGUUCGGUCUGGCCAUCAUAACCGGCCGAUACUUUGACGUCCAUGGUGCGCGGGUGCUCACAAUCUCCGGUCUUGUGGGGACAGCCGCCGCCAUCUGCGGCAUGGCUUUCUCGUACAAGUACUACCAGCUCCUGCUCAGCAACAUCAUGUUUGGUGUCGCAGCGUCAUGUGUGUACGCGCCUGCCAACGCCGUUGCCGCGCACUGGUUCCUCAAGAGACGAUCAACGGCACUUGCCAUAAUCGUCGGCGGCGGUGGCCUCGGCGGUGUGGUCUAUCCGAUCCUGAUUGAGAACUUGUUCAACCGAAUGUCGUACCGCGACACCAUGCUCAUCGUGAUGGGGAUCAACGUAGUGCUCAUGCUCCCCUCCGUCUUCUUCAUGAGGGCGAGGCUGCCGCCACGCACGCCGCCUCCAUUCAGCGACAUGAAGAAGCCGUGGAAAGACGUGCGGUACACUUUCCUCGUGGUUGGCGCCAUGAUGUACGGAAUGAACAUCCUCUCACCCUUCUUCCACGCCCUACCGUAUGCGGCGUCCAACAACGUCCCAGAUCACAUUGGGCAAUACGCCAUCGCCAUGGCGGGCGCCGGUUCAGUCGUGGGGCGACUCGCUUCUGGAGUUCUGGCCGACCGCAUUGGCGUGUGGUAUGUCUUUGGAUCCAUCGGCUUUAGCACCGCUGUGGUAUUGUUUGCCUUCUGGACGCCGCCAGGGAUUGGCACAGCGCCGACCGUCAUCGGCCUAGUGACCUACGGAUGGGUGUCUGGAUCCUGGUUUGCCCUCAUAGGGUCGGCCACCGCGUCCAUUUCCCCUGUCGAGGAAGUGGGCAUGCGCAUCGGAAUGCUCAUCUCGUGCUUGUCCGUGCCGUCGCUCAUCGGGCCCGUCAUCACUGGAGAGCUCAUCUCGGUGGGCAAAGACAAGUGGACGUACGCCGGCAUCUGGUGUGGUGCAUGCGCGUUGUUGUCGGGCAUUCUGGUCAUCCUUCCCCGCCUUACUGUGAUUAUCCGCAACAGGCGGAACCCUACUCCGACGCCAAACAAAAGUCCAGAGCCGGCCCAAUGUGUGUGGGAGGAGACAUUGCCAAGCACCGCGACUGCUGUAGGGCUUGAGGCGGGGAACCGGAUCAACGAAGCUAGUCACCCACACCGGAUUACAAGCCGAGCUGGUCGAUGAGGCGGCGGGGGUGAGUGUGGGUCUCCACACAGGACGUGGGAGACUCAGGACGUGGGGACAAGUGGGCCAUCUUUGCAUACACUGUGCAUACAGACGUGCAGGCAUACAGGUUAUAGGCAUAUAGUGUUA